GGGAAAAAGGGUCUGGGGGCUUUGGGGAGGGUCUGGGGGCUUGGGGAGGGGAUGGAGGACAAGGGGGGGACACCCCUGUGUCACCUCUGGGGGGACACCUGGGGACCACCGUGCUGGAUGUCACCUGCUCUGAGUUCUGGAGUGGGUGAAGGAGGAGGUGGGGGAGAAAGGUGAGGGGGAAAAAGGGUCUGGGGGCUUUGGGGAGGGUCUGGGGGCUUGGGGGGACACCUCUGUGCCACUUCUGAUGCUCUGGGGGGACACCUGGGGACCACUCUCCUGGAUGUCACCCGCUCUGAGUUCUGGAGUGGGUGAAGGAGGAGGUGGGGGAGAAAGGCCUGUUCGGGCUGGUGAACAACGCGGGCAUCGCCAACCCCAUGGGCCCCACGGAGUGGAUGGACAUGGAGGAUUUCCGGCGGGUCAUGGCCGUCAACGCCUUCGGGGCCAUCGAGGUCACCCUGCGGCUGCUGCCGCUGCUCAAGCGCGCGCGGGGCCGCGUGGUCAACACGUCCAGCGUCCUGGGCCGCGUCUCGGCCAACGGCGGCGGCUACUGCGUGUCCAAGUUCUGCAUCGAGGCCUUCUCGGACAGCCUCAGGUCAGGGAUGGGGUUUGGGCACGGCCGGAGCGCUCCGGGCAUGGACUGACCCCUGUGGCCACCCCCUGACUCCUCUGGGCAUGGACUGAGCCCUCUGGGCAUGGACUGACCCCUCUGGGCAUGGACUGAGCCCUCUGGGCAUGGGACUGACCCCUCCGGGCAUGGGCUGACCCCUCCGGGCAUGGACUGAGUGCUCUGGGCAUGGACUGACCCCUCCGGGCAUGGGCUGAGCCCUCCGGGCAUGGACUGACCCCCUGUGGGCAUGGGCUGAGCCCUCUGGGCAUGGACUGACCCCUCCUGACCAUGGACUGACCCCUUCGGGCAUGGACUGACCCCCUCCGGGCACGGCCGGAGCGCUCCGGGCAUGGGCUGAGCCCUCCGGGCAUGGGCUGAGCCCUCCGGGCAUGGACUGACCCCUCCUGGGCAUGGACUGACCCCUCCGGGCAUGGACUGAGUGCUCCAGGCAUGGACUGACCCCUCCGGGCAUGGACUGACCCCUCUGGGCAUGGCCUGAGUGCUCCGGGCAUGGACUGAGCCCCCCUGACCAUGGUGUGACCCCUCUGACCAUGGACU